AUGGCCACCUCAGUCUAUCUACCCGUCGAGAUUCUGAGCUGCAUCAUAUGGUUCACGAUACCUGAUCACAACUAUUUAGCGUAUCCAGCAUCACAUAUCACGACCAAAUCAUUGGUGGCUCUCCUCACAGUCUCCAGGGCUACCAGUCGCAUUGCAAAGACCUUGCUUUACACACAUUGCCUCUACAUCGACACACCAUGGCGACUGGACACUUUGCUCACGGCAUCACUUGCCAAUCCACGUCUGCCCGUUUUGCUGUCCAGCAUACAGAAUCUUUACCUCGCACCAUUCCCUGGACGUAUGAUCCGAGACCGGAAGAUCAUCAACCAGAUUACAGAGCUCUUUACUCUGCUUGGUCCCAGUCUCAAGCGUUUGAUCAUCAACAUGCCACUGCGCUCUCAUUAUCCUUUUGAAGACGUGACUGAAAAGUUGCGCCCGAUUCUCAGGCAAGGCUUCGAGCAGCUGGUUCACCUCGAGGAGUUCUGCAGCGUGAGAGAUGAGCUCUAUCUCGCAUACUGGGACCCUGAUUACUCUCACAUCAUUCCUGAUCUCGAGGACUAUGAUUUUGAGUCAAUCCACUAUACGAUCAAUGAUUACAUGUUCGAAAGAUGGCCCAAGCUACGCUUGCUUGCACUGUACAAUGGUCUGUAUGGUCGUGAUCUUAAAAACGCACUAGGUCGUAUGCCGAGGUUGGAGCAAAUUGUUCUUUCUCGUCCAGACUUUGACGAAAGCUUUGUUCAUGGCGCAUGGUCAAGCUUCGCGCGCUGGCAUAAAGACCGGUUUCGAUUCACACUCAUCGAGAGCACCGACGAUGCCUCUGAUGUUGGAUUACAGAAAUUGACUCUUGGUGAUCAGCCACCGGAAAACCAACCUGAUGUUUGGAAAUACAAAGCAUUCGUUGAAGAAGACAAGGAUCCAAUUUCAUCUGUGCAGAAGUGGUCAAUGCAACGCAUGUUAGACGGAAGUUUAUGGUCAUUGGCCGACCACGCAAGACCAUCUCCUGCAGAGCUGGAGAUGACAUUUUUAUAA